AGAUCCUUACUUAUGUUGUGUGACAGAUUGUGGAAGUGAUGAUCCUAAGUUCAAACUUCAAAAAGGAGAUGGAGAAGCAGUUUGUGGGCAGUUUCAGAAGAGCAUAGUCAUCAUCACACGAAUUUUACAUUGGCCGAAACUAACAGGAUUGCUUCACAGUACCAAAAAGGAGGCUGAUAAGUGUAACGCUGCAACAGAAAUUUGCGAGUCAGCUAGGGAGAUAGAGAGCUCAAGCAUUGUUUCUCAAAGAGAAGAAGGUUACUUCUUUGGGGCUUGGAAAGGUGAGUAAGCAUUUCACUGUUUCGUGACUUCUUCUCACUCACUGUGCCCGGAAGAGUUUCUCGUUGCAAGCAAACUAGAUUUUCUCUUCCGCAUAUAGCUCAUGAGAACAUGAGGAUCGCUUAACUCUCAAGGCAAAGUAUUAUAUGUAGAUCUUUUUUUUGUUUUGCUCUCGAAUCCAAGUAUAGAUAAUGAAAGUGACUUAUUUUGACUUUUCUUCAAAGUUCAGAUAUAUUUUUGUCUAGUAGUCACAUUGGAAGAGAAGUCACCGACUUCUGUAUUUUUAUAAAACCCAACCAUCAAAUUCUUACUAGCCAGAGAUAAAUAUAUGAUUUAAGAUCUAUCUAAACUAGCGUUUUGUGUUUGUUGAGAUUUGCAUCUGAUUGAGACAGCAAGACUGAUUUGAUUUUAUGACGAUUUGUAUUAACUGUAAUAACUGAUAUGAACAUGGCCUAUGCAUAAGUAGGUCAAGAGUUACUUACUUGACUCUAUUUUCUUUUCUUUUUUUUUGUAAAGACUUAACAAAUACAUUUUCAGAUGUUAAGAAACAUGAGAAUGUGGGAAGGGGGACAAGUGCAGAGAAGAGACAAAACUGGAGAAGUCAAAAACGCAAUAAGGUUGACAUAAUGCAGCAUAUGAUAGCUCCAGUUCCAUGAACAAGCGUGGAUACGAAUGCAGUCAAGAGGAUGCAGACAACUUGGCAGAAUCGAAGAGACAAAAAGUGCCUGCUUUGGCAAGUGUUAUUGUGGAAGCUGUCAAGGUAGAUAGUCUGCAGAGGCUUUGCUCGUCUUUGGAGCCAUUGUUUCGCAGAAUCGUUAGCGAAGAGGUUGAGCGAGCCUUAUCAAAGUUGGGAAAUUCAAAACUAACGUCCAGAUCACCAGAACCUAAGAGGAUCCAAGGCCGCGAUGGAAGAAACCUUCAACUUCAGUUUAAGACGCGAAUGCCUCCUCACUUAUUCACAGGUGGGAAAGUCGAGGGAGAGCGAGGCUCGGCCAUCCAUGUGGUUCUUAUCGAUGCAAACACUGGAAAUGUAGUCCAAACAGGAGAAGAGUCCGCUUCAAAGCUCAACGUUGUAGUGUUGGAGGGAGACUUCAAUGAUGAGGAUGAUGAAGAUUGGACCAGAGAGCACUUCGAGAGCUUUGAAGUGAAAGAGCGAGAAGGGAAACGCCCAAUCUUGACCGGUGACACGCAAGUAGUGCUUAAGGAAGGUGUGGGAACUUUAGGAGACCUUACUUUUACCGACAACUCGAGUUGGAUCAGGAGCCGAAAGUUUAGGCUUGGUGUUAAGGCCGCUCCAGGGUAUGGUGAUGGCUUUCACAUUCGUGAAGCCAAAACAGAACCGUUUGCUGUCAAAGAUCAUAGAGGAGAAUUAUACAAGAAACAUUAUCCACCGGCUCUACACGAUGAAGUCUGGAGACUGGAUAGAAUAGCCAAAGACGGAGUGCUACACAAGAAGCUACUUAAAGCUAACAUUGUGACAGUGGAAGACUUCCUUCGACUCCUAGUUAAGGAUCCACAAAAGCUGAGAAAUUUGCUAGGGAGUGGAAUGUCGAAUAGAAUGUGGGAGAACACUAUGGAGCAUGCAAAGACAUGCGUGUUGGGUGGGAAGCUUUAUGUGUUUUACACGGACCAGACUCACGCUACAGGCGUUGUCUUCAAUCAUAUCUAUGAGUUCCGUGGCCUUAUUGCAAACGGACAGUUUUUAUCUCUGGAGUCUCUUAACCAUGACCAAAAGAUCUCUGCAGACAUUCUGGUGAAGAUAGCGUAUGAAAACUGGCAUAAAGCUGUUGAAUACGAUGGUAAGCUGUUGAAUUGCUUACCAGUCGCCGAGAAGGAGAUAAAAGGCUUACCAGAACCAAAAAUGGUAACAGCACCAACAGCUCAGAACCAUCAGCAGCUGCAUAACCAGAACAAUAGACAAGCCGUGCAGUGCCAUCAGAAUGUUAUACCCUAUUCUCCCCUUCCCCAGCCGAUUGAAUAUCCUCAGUUUGUGCAGCAACAUUGCAGCCAAUUAUUACCCUCACUACCUAGCAACGUACAAGAGUACAACAGCAGGCCAAUGGAAAGUUCCAACGCAUAUAAUGGAGAAGAUUGGUGUCGACCAAGAGCCGGACAAGGUCUCGAAGACAUUUUCAGCGAGGAGAUCAGACUGAGGAGUUCUGAGAUGCUCGAGACUGACGAUAUGCAGAGACUUUUGAAGACUUUUGGGAUCGGUAUGAACACUAUGGGAACAACACAAGGCGGGUUUGGUCAGACGGAUGAGUCUUGCUACGGCUACAAUAUGCCGUACCAAGCUCAGAUCGAUAACACGUACAGGAGAGAGCGUAAUAGAGGGUCGGGAAAAGCUGUUGUGGGGUGGCUUAAGCUUAAAGCUGCUUUGAGAUGGGGUAUCUUCAUACGCAAGAAAGCUGCAGAGAGGAGGCCUCAGAUUGUGGAGAUCGAAUGAGAAAAAAGAGAAGAGAGAAAGUCUUUUAGGCUUUUCUUUGAUGACAUUUCGUUUUCAUGAAAAGCUUUGGAGACGGCUUCUAAAAACACAAGAGUUCAUCUUUUGGAUGAACAAUUUAAGAGUAGAGAGAAGUGUACUUUGUUUCGUAUUGUAAUGCUUUCUGUUUGCUCUCUUACAUUUCAUGUUAAUUUUUGUUUUUUUUUUAAUCGUAUUUUAUGUUAAAUUUAUUAACAAUUUAUUCUCA